UAGUGCUGUCCAUGUUUAGCUCAAAGUUUAGUCAAAAUUCUCCAUAAUCACAACUUCCAUAUAGUAUAUCCAUUUCAAUUCUUGUACGGCAUUCUCAGGGAGAAAACUGGAAAACAAGAUGUAGUUUCGCAAAGGACGGCUGGGAAAAUCUGACCACUAUUAAAUGCUUGGUGAUCUUGGCUGCCCUCUGUUCAAUCUGAUGACGUUUACACAAAAUCCCAGAUCUGAGCUGACUGCUCUGAGGCUGAACUGUUUGUUUCACUGAACACAACCCCGAUAUCAUAACCAUGGUGACCUAUAUUGCUUCAAUAAACUAUAUCAAUUAUUGUUCGUCUAAAGUCUGCCCUAGCGUAAAAAAUCGUUUCGCGUCUAAUUCUCAUGUUUUUUUCCCUUGCCUUUUUAACGAUCUUUUUGUUCAAGUUCUCGCAUUGUUUUAAAGCCAUAUCUACAAAAAUUGUUUCUUACCGUCUGCAUGGAAACCAUUUUACCAAUUAGAAAAUAUAACCAAUUAAAAUAUCCCUCAUUUUUGCAAAACGGUGCACAAGAAAUCACUGAAAACUCGCACUGGCUGUAACCAAAAUGGCGAGAUAUAUUAUAACCACAAUUAUUCAAGUCAGCUUAAAAGCUAUUGCUAAAAACGAACAAGCUCGAGCCCCAAGUUCAAAACCGCCACGGUAAAUAUCUCCAAGACUUGAAUAUCCGUCCUUUAGGUCGACACAAGGCCAAUACUCAACAUACUUUGGCGAAUUUCUAGGCGUCGGUGAAAUGGUCCACGAACGAGCAGAUAUUUUGCAGAGGCCAUAAAGACGCGUACGUGCAGAGAGAGAGUGAGAUAGAGAGGGGAUUUCACAACAUGGCAGCGAUCAAAAUGUUCCUCUUCGUCGCUGUGUUCUCGCUGGGCUUUGUCACCGUUUUUGGCCAAGGAGUAUUAUACGCCAAUCCUUGCUGGGACAAACCCUGUCAUUCCUAUGCGACUUGUCAAGUCAUUAAUGGCACCGAAGCCGUUUGCGUCUGUCCACGGAACUGCACUGGACCACGGCGACCAGUCUGUGGAACAAACUGGAAGACUUACGAUAGCGUGUGCGCCCUUAUGGCAGAGUCCUGCGCUUUGAAUGACUGGAACAGCCUAAGAUACAACGGAGAAUGCAAGGCUGGAGAUUGCCGCAACUCCAUUUGGCAAAAUCUCAAUUGUCCAUGGUACAGCAAAUGCAUAUUACAUAACGGCUUCCCAAGAUGUUCCUGUGUACAGGAGAAAUGCCCUACGAACUAUGACCCUCUUUGUGCUACCGACGGAAGGACCUACCGGAACAUGUGUCAUAUGAGACAAGCCGGAUGUCAGAAAAGAAAACUACUUCGAGUUCGAAACAAAGGCCAUUGUCUUCCAGAUCCUUGUAGAUUCCAAUCAUGCUGUUGUGGUGCUGUGUGUCUCGUGAAUCAGACUAACUAUGCUUCAUGUUCCUGUGACUUCACCUGUCGUGAUCAGUCCAGUCCUGUAUGCGGCUCAGAUGGCAAGACCUACAACAGUCCCUGUGCCCUACGCUUGGCUGCCUGUAAACAACAGAAUAUGAAACUUGCACAGGUGAAUCUUGGAGCGUGUGUAGAUCCCUGCAUGCAACAUCCAGCUUGCACACACCAUGCAUCGUGUGUCGUUGAACAAGGCGUAGCCAAAUGUGUUUGUCCAGUUUGCCCUGCCACGCGAUCACCGGUCUGUGGCUCAGAUGGAGUGACGUAUGACAACGAAUGUAUGUUGAGAAGAGCGAGUUGUAUUGCAAGGUUGCCCAUCGCUACUGCACGUAACGGAUCUUGCAACGCGAUUAUAGCCCCAACAGGUUCCAGCAAUCCCUGUUCCAUUGGCCAGUGUGCGCACUAUGGAACUUGUAUGAUGUUCCGAGGCGUACCAAAGUGCGUAUGCCCAGACCUGUGUCCUCAGAGAAUGGCGCAAGUAUGUGGUUCCGACGGCUUGACCUAUGAGAAUGACUGCGCAUUGCGGAGAGCAAGCUGUAAAUCAGAGACAACGAUCAUUGUGGCCAGCAGAGGAUCUUGUGAAGUGAGCCCAACUUUCGAGCCCACCAAACCAACCAUGGAUCCAUGUUUUGACCAGACCUGUGCCUUCCACGGGGUGUGUGUCGUCGACCAGGGUCUUCCUAAGUGUGUCUGUCACACCAACUGUCCUAAUACAACCUCUCCCAUCUGUGGUUCUGAUGGAAAGACUUACGAAAAUGAAUGCGAUAUGAAAAGAGCCAGCUGUGCUAAACAGUUAAGGAUCACUGUUGCAUCAAGAUCACGUUGUCCAUGUGACACGGCAAACUGCUGCUGUGGCGCUGUCUGUAAAGUGAGAAACAACACAGCAUCCUGUGAAUGUGAUUUCAUGUGUUCCGCCCAAAAUGAUCCCGUCUGUGGUAGUGAUCGUAAAACAUAUGCCAACGACUGUGAACUGAGGUUAGCCGCAUGCCGAACAAAGAAUAGUGCCCUUACCCGGAUAUCCAGAGGAGCAUGUCCAACCGUUGCACCCACGAUAGAUCCUUGUGCGUUUGGUAUGUGUGCUCAUUAUGCCACAUGUAAGGUUGUCCAAGGUUUGCCACGAUGUGUUUGCCCAGAUCUCUGUCCCAGUAUCUUCUCUCCUCAGUGUGGCUCGGAUGGAAAAACCUACCAGAAUGAAUGUGCUUUGAAAAGAGAGAGUUGUGCCAGGCAAAUGAGGAUCACAGUGGCAAAGAAUGCACCUUGCGAUCCACCUACUACCCAACCCCCCGGACCAACAACCUGCACAGAAGUGGUGUGUCAGCACUUCUCAAAAUGCGAAAUUGUUGGAGGUUUGGCAAAAUGUGUUUGUCCUGCUCUCUGUCCGGGAGCUGGGUUCAGGAUAUGUGGUUCUGAUGGGAAGACAUACGAAAAUGAAUGUGAUUUAAGAAGAACAAGUUGUCAGGCAGGCAGAAUUAUAUCCAUCGUUAGGAUUGGAGUUUGCUUGCGCACUCUACCCGCCCCAACCCAAGCCGUCACCCCCCAAGUCGUACUACCGACCAACCCCCCUGCUGGAAACCAACUGUGCAACUCUUAUCAAUGUCCUAACUACGGGCUGUGCGAGGUCUACCAAGGUCAACCGCGAUGUGUGUGUCCCAGUCCCUGCACGAGCGCGAGAAGUCCAGUGUGUGGCUCCGACGGCCGAACGUACGAUUCCGAGUGCAUCCUCAAAAGAACCAGUUGUACUUCAAAUAAAGCAAUUAUCGUUGCCAAGCCAGGAUUCUGUGAACCAGUAGGUCGCUGUCCAGCUGCAAAAGUGUGCAACAAGCAAUGUGAUCGAAACAUCUGUGCAAAGAGUGGAAUGCGUUGCUGUUUAAAAGGAACCAAAAUGGAGUGUACCCUUCCUGUCUGGAGUCCUAUUGUCCGUCGAUAUGUCUGUCCGGCAGACCCGUUAGGGUGUCGUGACGAUGCUGAUUGUAACGGUGGCUGGAUAUGCUGUGACACAGGUUGUACUAAACAAUGUACCGCUCCCAGACUGUAGUUAGAAAGCCGAUAACAUUUCUCCAGAGAUUGUCAUUUGCCGCUGGUAUUUCUUGAUGCUGAGUAUUUAACGCGAGAUAUAUUGAAUAUAAACUAUAAAUACGAUUUCAGACUUGUCUGGUUAUGGGCUGAAAUAUUUAGAUAAUAAUAAAAUCGUAUAUAUGAUCAGUUGCAUUUCGUUUCCAGUCGAUGUAUGCUUUCAGCCAUCGACUAAAUUUUCAUCUAUAGCCAAGAAAAAAGUCCAGGUAAAAAUUUCAUGUUCAGUAAAUUCAAAUACACGACUUUAAUUCAUGUAUUUAGAACUUUCUGAAUAUGAAAUUACUAGCGUGAAAUUAAUACCACAGGUUAUCACAAACUUUUACGACAAUAUCUGUGGCAUUUUGCAAAAUCAACCAAACUUUACAGUUUUAGGCUUGUUCACACGAUCUGACUUUGUCUGGUUCAAUUCACUUCUGACGUAUGGAAUUUAGUUUGUUAUUGAUAAAGAAGCACUUCGUUCGUUUUAGUCCAUUUGCUGCUCAUGUACUUUGCAAGUCAACAGGCUAUAAAACAUCAAUCAGAAGUGAAUUGGACCGGACAAAAUUACAUCGUGUGAACAGAACUCAGACUCCUGCCAACAUGCUAUUUCUGCAUCUGUUAUGUUGGAUUACAUUCUACUUGUCCCAGUGUCCCGACCUAAAUAUUUCCUAAGGGAGCUGGAAUCAUCUUCUUCAUUGCUUUAUCCUCAGUCAAAACUAAUAUCUUCAGUCUAAUCCUAGUUGUUCAGCUGAUAUUUCACGACCUAAAUAUUUCCUAAGGGAGCUGGAAUCAUCUUCAUUGCUUUCCUCAGCCAAAACUAAUAUAUCCAGUCUAAUCCUAGCUGUUCAGCUGAUAUUUCACGACAUAAAUAUUUCUCAAAGCAGCUGGAAUCAUCUUCUUCAUUGCUUUAUCCUCAGCCAAAGCUAAUAACUCCAGUCUAAUCCUAGCUGUUCAGCUGAUUUUUCAAAAAGUUUAAUAGAAGUUUGUCGAUGUAAGAGUGGCUGCAAAGGGGGAAAAAAUCUGACCCAGAAUAAAGGCGUUCCCUUAUGAAAGAGGUCUGUAAGGGAGCUAAAAUCAUCUGCUUCAUUGCUUUAUCCUCAGCCAAAGCUAAUAUCUCCAGUGUAAUCCUAGCUGUUCAGCGGAUAUUUCAAAACGUUUAGAAGAAGUUUGUCGAUAUAAGAAUGGCUGCAAGGGGGAAAAAAUCUGACCGAGAAUAAAGGCGUUCCCUUAUGAAAGAGGUCUGUAAGGGAGCUAAAAUCAUCUGCUUCAUUGCUUUAUCCUCAGCCAAAGCUAAUAUCUCCAGUCUAAUCCUAGCUGUUCAGCGGAUAUUUCAAAACGUUUAGAAGAAGUUUGUCGAUAUAAGAAUGGCUGCAAGGGGGAAAAAAUCUGACCGAGAAUAAAGGCGUUCCCUUAUUAAAGAGGUCUCUGUAAGGCAGCUGGAAUCAUCUGCUUCAUUGCUUUAUCCUCAGCCAAAGCUAAUAUCUCCAGUGUAAUCCUAGCUGUUCAGCGGAUAUUUCAAAAAGUUUAGAAGAAGUUUGUCGAUGUAAGAGUGGCUGCAAGGGGGAAAAAUCUGAUCCAGAAAGGCGUUCCCCUAUCAAAGAGGUCUCUGUAAGGACUUCGACCUUUUGAAGUGUCCGAGGCAAAUACCAUCCGAUUCGAUUAUAGCCUUUAGAAUGCAUUUAUUUUAAGGAAAAGCCAGUAUCCUGUUAUUGUGCUAUUUAAUAGCAGGGGAAACUAAGAAUUGGCAUUCUUCUGGUACUGCUGAAAUGGCUGGC